AUGUCGACCAUACUCGCUCGUCCAAUUAACCAUGUUGCCGUCUCGGUCGGCGAUAUUGAAGCCGUAACAAUGUGGUACUCUCAAGUGUUGGGUUUUCAAAUCAUCGGUAACCGCAUCUUCCAUAUUAAAAGGUCGGAGAAUCCUGAGGCAGCCAUAUUCGCCAUUUACGGUGAAGCUCUUCGCGAAGUCAAACUGGCAUACAUGACAACAGGCAACAGUGUGGGCUUUGAGGUCUUUCAAUUCCUUGACCCCGCAUUCAAGGCAAACGAUGUUGAUUUUGAAUACAAUCGCGGCGGUUUCUUCCACAUCUGUGUGACGGAUCCUCAUCCAGACGCACUGGCUGAUAAAGUUGUCCAGUACGGUGGAAGCAGGCAGGGGGUGACGGUGAAGGUCGCAGGAGGUGGGGCAGCCUGCGUAUACGUAAAGGAUCCGUGGGGAAACGUGAUCGAAAUACUAGACACCAGCUUCGACCGCAUGGCUGCCAUGAAUGUGCAGCAAUUGAGUAACUGA